AUGGUCCACCUCACCACCCUCCUCUGCAAGGCCUACCAUGGGGGACACUUAACCAUCCGCCUCGCCAUGGGUGGCUGUACCAACCGGCCUUUCUACCGCAUCGUGGCUGCUCACAACAAGUGUGCCAGGGAUGGGCGUUUCGUGGAGCAGCUGGGCUCCUAUGAUCCAUUACCGAACAGUCAUGGAGAGAAGAUCGUCGCCCUCAACCUGGAGAGGAUUCGGCAUUGGAUUGGCUGCGGUGCCCACCUCUCUAAGCCUGUGGAAAAGCUUCUGGGUCUUUCUGGAUUUUUCCCUCUGCAUCCCAUGAUGAUCACUAAUGCUGAGAGACUGCGAAGGCAGCGAGCGCGUGAAGCCCUCUUAGCUUCUCAGAAGACAGAUAGCAAGGCUACAGAAACAGAAACAAGCUAA